AGGAUACGCUAGAAAACAUCCCUUUUCCUGUAGCUCCUGAGCUCUCGGCUUUCUUCCUUCGCCAAGCGGAUCCCUCCCGCCAGGAUGGUGGGAGGGGUCCCAGCCAAGGGAGUCCCCAGGCCAGCGUAUCCGGGGAGGUUUUUCGACCGCUUUCCCGAGCUCCCCACAGCUGGAAAGCUGAUGUCCAUUGGAGAAACAGCUGGCCAUUGUCUUACUGACGUCUUUCCAAUUACUCCACCUGUUGUAAAAAAGUUUCGAGACACCAGCAACCCUUCUCCUGGUGCAGAGAGAAUAUUUUAUGGCCGAGCAAACGAUCCUGAUAUUGCAUCACAUUUGACACAUGGCAUAAAGUCCGUCCCGUCAAUCUCUGUGGCAUCGCUGGCAAAUCCACCUCCGAAAACAUGCUUUGAGCAAAAACUUUUAGAGAAGAAAGAAUCUGUGUACUCAAGCGUUCGUGAAGCACCUCUUGGGAGAUCCCAUGAUCAGUCGUUACGAUUACCCAAAGGCAUGGAUGUGGCUAACACUCUGUUUGGAGGAAAAGUUGUCAGAGAGGGUCCUGGUGGAGAGGUUAUAAAUCCAGCAAAGACAUUUGAUGAAGUCCAGAGGGAAGCGGAAGAAGGACAUGACUUGUAUGUUGUAACACACAAUGAUUAUUAUGUUGGGGAGUUGGUUAAUAGAAAAUAUAAUCCAUCUACGUUCAACAGAUUCAAUCUAUAUGGAAAGGAAACCCCCCACUUUAACGAUGGACGAAAUGUAGCUAGAACUUUACGCUGGUUCCCUGAUCUGCAGAUGAAGAAAUCAGCACAUAUAGUGUCUAAGAUAAGUGAUGAUUUCAAGGAAAAAUUUCAGCCUCAGCUUGGAAAAGUCCUUGAUCCUAUAGCAGACACACUCAACGUUCCUCCAGACCAUACAUUUGGAGUGCUUGUUUGUCCUGAAGAAUAUGGUGUCGGAGACCUUCUUCACCAAAGGGUUCCUAGUGAAUUCCUCCGUGGAAAAGACAGAGAAAGGGCUGUCUUUGCUGCAAUUCGACAGAAUCUGAAGAAAGCCAAUUACCACAACUUUGACACAUUAUUGCAAGCAUUCAGGCAUUAUGAUAAGGAUGGUGAUCGGAAAAUCAGCAGAGAUGACUUGAAGAAGGCCUGCUUCCAGCUUAAUCUGGACUUGGAUCAAGAGCUUCUGGACGCUUUAUUUAAUUACUGUGAUUUGGAUCAAGAUGGUUUUAUAGACUAUCUGGAGUUUGCGAACUUCCUUAAUUGGAAAGACAAAACGUCUAUCAAAGAGUAUGAAGAAAAAAUAAUCACGAAAGGCAGAAGACCAGCGGUCUUUGACCUCAUUCCACAAGAAGCAGAUAAGGAUGCUGUGCUGAAGAAGGAAGACAUAGUACUAAAGGAACCGGGAAGUGAUGAGAAAACACCCAGAACACUUUCGAGACCGACAGACCGUGUGUUUUCUGACUACCGUACAACCUCUUCGCAGUAUAAUGCAGUUGUAGGAGGCAUUCCGUCAUCAUAUUACCCACUCCUCGGUGUCCCAACCAUUCGUUCAGACAUUGCGGCCCCUCGAUUUCGCCGCAUCAGUGACAACACUAAUUAUGGUGAUCAAGCCACUGUUUAUGGGUUGUUAUACCCCUCGAUCUAUAGCAAUAAAGGAGUGUACGAGACAGACUUCUUCAAGACAAGAUCAAAGGACGAGAUUGCACGCAUCUUGCGAAACAUUGGCGUGAGCCUUUCAGAUGAAAGUUUUAAUGAAGUAUGGAGACAGGCCAGCCAGAAAGAUCACAGAGGAGAAGUCUGUGUAGAAUCCAUCAGGAAUGUGCUGGACGAGAUGCAGGCAGCGCACAUCAAGAGCAGAUAGCGGUGGUUCUCCAGGUUCUGUGGUUCUAAAUCUAUUUUGUAGAAGGACCCAGGCAGUAUUCUUUCCCUGUAUGGAGUGGAUUAUCCCAUUAUUAUUUGGCUUGCAAAAAAGAAAGAAUUCUGUACAUAUGAAUGUUUAUUUAUCGAAAACAAUAAAAAAACAGCCCUU